AAUGCGAAUGUUUUUAUGACGGCACAGACUUGAGUUUUACUUUGUAAUAAUUAUGUCUCUCUUUUUAACUAGGUGCAUUGAAUAGAUUAUAUCGCCGUGGAAACGACCCGAAGGAAUAUCUUGAGGGAUUUUUUGCCUGAAAAGAGCUGCUCUCUGUCAGUCCGCGAGAAGUGAAUGUCAUAUUUGACGUGUCUGUGACGUUAGAUUUGAUAAGAAUGAGUACUCCAGAUCUGAGCGGUCAGAAGUGUGUGUCCAGCGCAUCUUCAGACUCCAGAGAGAAACUUCAGGAUCUGUUGAAUGCUGUCAGAGACUUUCAUGAAUCUACACGGCAAGAAUUACAAGCAAAGGUGACCAAACUGAAGAAAGAGCGAUGUCUAGAUGCUCAGAGAUUGAGGGAAUUCCACAGCAAGAACCAGCAGCUCAGAGAACAGCAGCGGGAUCUGCAGGAGAAGAUCAGACAGCUGGACGACAGGGUGCAUUCUGGACCGUGUGAGCGCUGCGCUCACAAGACAAAUAUGAAGUUUGACGAUGCUGAACAGAAAAACCGGGAUCUCAUUUCUAAGCUUGAGGUGGAGAGGAUGCGUCUUAGAGAGGAAAACAGAAAGAUGAGCGCAGAAUUGGAACGGCUAAGAAAUUCAGGUUGUGAGGCAGAGGAGGGCAUGAUUCCCGACUCCCCACUGCAGCCGCUCUCAUUGCCCGUCGUGAGCAAGAUGAAACGAAGGAAAGAUCAGAAUCAUGUCCGCUAUGCUGAGAAACCGUUGUCGCUCUCUUACCCCGAGCGCAUGCGAGGAGAGAUGUCUGCACCAUCUGCCUGCUAUGGCACAAGUGUGUUAGUUGCUGAGACGUGUGAGAUGGAUAUGACUUGGAUUACAGAGCCUAAAAACAGAAAGCAUCACAAGACUGUGGUUCCUGAGACCUGCAGAAUAGACGUCCAGCCAGAGCAGUUGGAGGAUGAUGAAAAUGACACCCAGAGAAGUGUGCAUCCCGAGCCGUGUGACCGCACCGCUGUUUCCAGCACCUCUGCUCUCAGGAACGAUGACUCUCAAACUGUUUUGAGUUCUCGAGAGCAGCAGAACCCGUCGACGGAUGACACGCCACACACGCCCUCGAACAACAGCACAUGUCUGCCGGUUACAGGCAAGAGAAAACACACAGGCUGCAAAAAAACAGAAAAGAAGAAUUCUGACAGCAGUCUGGAUGAGCCCGAUGAGUCGGGAAUGGAGGGGAAAUCCGUUUUGUGGAGGAAAGGCCGUUUUGUGGAAAUCAACGAGAGACACAGUGAGACAGAAAUGAUCCAGACGCACCAGGAUUCAAAGAGGAAACGUUUGGAGACGCACCAGCACACGUCACACAAGAGGCGAAACAACGCAGCUUUUCCUUACGAUCAGAGCUGGAGUGUUGAUCCAGGAGUGGAUCUGCAUCAAUAUGACUCCGAACACUCUCCUCAACCACAGCUCAGAACGGACUUGGAAACAUUGGACACUGACUGCACAUUUGUGAGCCACAGUCUGCUGCUGAGAGGCCAGAAGGUGGCGGGACAAGCCCAGGUCACAGGAGUUGGACAGAAAGCGAACGACAGUCUUGCUGACAUCUUUGAUAAGACGACGUACAGUGAAUAUGAGUCUUGUCCUCGGGAUGUGAGCUGUGAUGCUGAGCGAGACGUUACGCACAUGGAGGAGAAAGAGGAAGAGGAGAUGGGAGAGGAUGAAGAGGUGGAAGAUGAGUUCUGCAGGCCUACAGACAGAGAGCAAAUAAAGUCUAAUGGCGAUGCUUCGGACAGAAACAAAUCUUUUGCUUGUGUGGAAGUUGUGCGUAAGAAAGACGAGAGGAGAAAACUGAAGGGCCACUAUUGUAAAGAGUGUGAAAUAUAUUAUGCAGAUCUUCCAGAGGAAGAGAGAGAGAAAAAACUGUCCUCCUGCUCACGCCAUCGGUACCGGUACAUUCCACCCGCCACUCCGGAAAACUUCUGGGAAGUGGGAUUCCCCUCAACACAGACCUGUGUGGACAGGGGAUACAUCAAAGAGGAGGAGCAGCCGGACGUGAGGAUGCGCAGGAGACGACCCUAUCUCGCCAUGUUCUCACCGAAAGCCAAGUCGCAGAAGAAACCGUCUUGAGUCGAUACACGAUGAACAUGGCUUCAGUUAUGGACAUGAAUCCAGUGGGAGAUUUGUGAACUGUGCAUGUCAGUGCGUCUCUCAGAUCUCAAGCCAUGAAACAAAUCACAGAUGUUUCCUUUCAUUUGUUUUGACAUCUAGAUUUACGUGCGCGCACGGCGUGUGUGUUAGAUUUCAUGAAACGACCUCGAUUAAUAAACACACCAUUGACUUUUUCUCGGGGAUUUAAGAAUUCUGUAAAUAGUUUUGUAUGUGAUUUCACCGGUCAGUUGUACAAAAGCUUGGAAGGGUUAUUUAAACUGGAACACAAUUGUAAUAAAAAUGUUUUUGUUUGCAAUGCAUGCUGGGUUCAGAAGCAGAUCAAUUAAGCACCACUAGCACAACCCAUAUGUCGUACGUGAAGUGUGCUUCAAGUCUUUCCAUGACGACAGCUGCAGAGAACAGAAACUACAUGUCAAGAUGGAUCGCAGACGGCUUUUUCCUUCCUAAACAACAUCUCUUUAAAUGGACAGCCAGUGGAAGGCCACAGGAUUCUUGAUAUGGCUGAGGAACACAAGAUCACAGACUGCUUUAGAAGAAGCAGAGAACAGAAGCAGCAAAGAGGAGUUCGAAGGUCAAACGGGGAGCCCUGUAAUCAUGAGAGGAAGAUGUUUGAUCCUCACUCCUAUCUCAAACGCACAUCUCAACAAGGUGUUUCUCCGGAAAAUGAAUCGAGUCUACUUUGAAAAACUGGCCUUGCAGGGUAAACUGGACGAGCAGAAUCGUGAACUUUGCGCGGGGGCCUGUAUCCUGCUCGCCGCCAAAAUAAGCAAUGAUCUCAAGAGAGCAGAGGUCAAACACCUUACAGAUGCAAGUAAUGAACUGUCUCUGUUAGAGGGCUUGUUCACCUAAAACUGAAAAGUACUUUUUCAUGUACUUUCCCUCAUCUCAUUCCAAACCAAAAGAAGAUAUUUUGAAAGAAUGUUGAUAACCAAGCAACACCCCAUUGACUUCCAUUGUACGAACACAAAACCACGGAGACAUUUCUCAAAAUAUCUUCUUUUCUGUUCCACAGAUGAAAGAAUCGUAUACAAGUUUAUUAAUGACAUGAAGGUGAAUAAAUGAUCAUAUUUUUGCGUGAACUUGAAAAGGUCAAAGAGGGCACUGUUCAUAUCACCCUGAUGUCUUGAUGUCGAUCAGAGGUCGGAGGAGAGAUUGCGGUUAAAUCGCAGAGAAAUCGUCAAGAGUUUAAACUGCAUCUGUCACGACAUGAGCCCACUCCAUACGUCUCCUAAAGACCAACUAGAACCAGACACAGUCCUCGAAACACACUUGUGACUU